GCUGCUAUGGCUUUUUGUAAUGAAAGCUUUCUGGACGGGUGUGACUUCAUGGAGCCGGACAAUGUAGAGCAAGCAGAAGAAAGUAUCUCAUCAGAAGCUGGGAGUCCUCUCAUAUCGGUCACUCUGCGUGUGACCCUGGCAGCCAUAAUGAUCUUCAUGAUCACUAUUGGUUUCCUGGGCAACGCGAUUGUGUGUCUGAUUGUUUACCAGAAACCUGCCAUGCGUUCUGCCAUUAACCUCCUCCUCGCCACACUGGCUUUCUCCGACAUCAUGCUCUCUGUGCUCUGCAUGCCCUUCACUGCGGUCACAGUGGCCACUGCUGACUGGAGCUUUGGGAGUGGUUUCUGCCGUGCAUCCAUCAUGCUGUACUGGCUGUUUGUUCUGGAGGGCGUGUCCAUCCUCCUCAUAAUCAGUGUGGACCGUUUCCUCAUCAUUGUGCAGCGGCAGGACAAGUUGACCCCACAUAGGGCCAAACUGUUGAUUGUAGGGUCAUGGAUGUUGAGCCUGUGUGUAUCUCUGCCAUCUGUGGUUGGGUGGAGGACAGGUGCUGCAGGCAUUGGGGGCGCCUGGGCACCUCAGUGUGUGCUGGGAUACAGUGAGUCUCUAGCAGACCGUGGGUACACAGUACUGUUGGCAGUCGCAGUAUUCUUUGUACCAUUUGCGGUCAUGCUGUACUCCUACAUGUGCAUCCUCAACACGGUGCGCCGCAACACCCUGCGCAUCCAUAACCAUACCAGUGAGCACUCCUGCCUUCCAGCCCUCAACCAAGUCAGCAAAAUGAGACUUAUUGGGCUGCAGCGGCCCCCUCAGAUCAAGGUGGACAUGAGCUUUAAGACACGAGCCUUCACUACUAUCCUUAUCCUCUUUGUUGGCUUCUCGGUGUGCUGGUUGCCUCACACAGUGGUCAGCCUGCUGGCCGUGUUCAGCCGGCAGUUCUACUACAGCUCGGUCUUCUACCCAAUCAGCAUAGGAGCUCUGUGGCUCAGCUACCUAAAGACAGUCUUCAACCCCGUCAUCUACUGCUGGAGGAUCCGAAAGUUCAGAGAGGCCUGUCAGGAGUUCAUUCCUAAGAGUUGCAGACUGUGUCCCAGAGUGCAAGGCAGGAGCCGGAGGAGAGUGAGACCUAGCAAUAUCUAUGUGUGCAGUGAGACUCAGUCAGCUGUGUGA